AGGGCGUCCGGGCCGCGGAUUGGUGGGGGCGGAGGGCGCCAUGGGCUGGGGCCGGGCGCUGCUGUGCGGGGCAGCGGCGGUGGUGCGGGGCUCGGCGCGGAGCAUGUGUGCCCAGGCGGAUGAGUGGCGCUCGGCCAAGGCCAUCUACGACUUCCACGCCCUGGACAUCGACGGCAACGACGUUUCCCUGGAGAAGUACCGCGGCGAUGUCUGCAUCAUCACCAACGUCGCCUCCAAGUGAGGGAAGACUCCUGUGAACUACACUCAGCUUGUCGACCUGCACGCCCGAUACGCUGAGAAGGGUUUGCGCAUCCUGGGCUUUCCCUGCAACCAGUUUGGGAAGCAGGAGCCCGGGGACAACGCUCAGAUCAAGGCGUUCGCUGCCAACUACGGGGUGAAGUUCGAUAUGUACAGCAAGAUCGACGUCAACGGGGACGAUGCCCACCCGCUCUGGAAGUGGAUGAAGGAGCAGCCCAAGGGCAGAGGCACCCUGGGCAAUGCAAUAAAAUGGAACUUCACUAAGUUCCUCAUUAACCGGGAAGGGCAAGUGGUGAAGAGAUACAGCCCCAUGGAGGAUCCCUACGUGAUUGAGAAGGACCUCCCUGCCUACCUGUAGACUGCUGCUCUCGGCCCAGCACUGCCCCUCCUGCUGCCCCGGAGCCUCCUCAGCCAGCCCCCAUGACGGUCUGCCUGCAAACCAGCCUGCUGGGGGGGCAGACCUGACGACCCUGGCGUGCAGCUGCUGGCAGGAGGCUUCCCGGGGCGGGCAGGCGGCGCUGGGCUGCCCUCUGCUGCGGGCAGAGCCUCCCCCCGGCAAUAAAGGCACUAGAAACGGC